AUGGGAAAUAAAUAAAGUGAAUCACAGAUUUUAAAUAAAUAACAAUGCAAAGCUUUAAAUGAUUAGCUUGGAUAAAAUUUUUCUAAAUUUACAUUCAAUCUUUACAAAAAAUUAGCUAAAAGCCAAAAUUUAAUUUUCUCUCCUGCAUCUAUUUAUAUUGCUCUUUCAAUGGCUGCUCUUGGCUCAAACAAUUAAACAUUAUUAGAAUUCAAGGAUAUUCUUGGGUUUAGUAAUUAAAGUUAGCUAGCUGAAAAUAUAGGAUUGUUAUUGAAAAUUCUAUAGUAAAACUAAUAAGGGAUAACUACUCAAAUCGCUAACAAAAUAUACUAAGGAAUACCUUAAUUAGGUAUCGAAUAUUAUAAAAUUAUGAUGAAGCAUUUUGAUUCUAUGAUACAAAAAGUUAACUUUGCUUCUGAUUGUGAGUAAAUUCGGGUUGAAAUUAAUAAAUGGGUAGAAGAAGUUACUAAAGAAAAAAUUAAAGAUUUACUUCCCCCAAAUUGUUUAAAUCAAUCUACAGCCAUGGUAUUAGUUAAUGCUAUUUAUUUUAAAGGUAAUUGGUUAAAAAAAUUUGAUUUUAAGUUGACUGAAUAAAAAGAAUUCUAUUUAGAAUAUGAAAAUUUUGGUUAAAAAAUAUAAACUGAUACAAUGGUUAAAGAAGAUGAAUACUACUAUUUCUAAAAUAGUAGCUAUCAAUAUGUAUAAAUUCCUUAUAAAGGAGGAGAGUAUUUUAUGGAAUUGAUGCUACCAAAAGAAUCACUAAAUUUAUUUGAAUAGAGUCUCUCUGAAGAUACAUUUUAGAGUGCAAGAAAAAAUAAAUAUAAUAGAAACUUAACACUAUAUUUACCUAAAUUUAAAUUAUAGCCUGUAAAUACAAUGAGUUUAAACUAAAUCUUAAACGAAUUGGGUCUUAUUGAAGCCUUUUCUUGUAAUGCUGACUUUUCAAUCAUGGAUCCAAAUAAAAAUAUAUAAAUAUCAAAUGUUUUUCAUAAAUCUAUGAUUGAAGUUAAUGAAGAAGGGGCUGAAGCUGCUGCAGCUACAGCAAUUACAUUCAUAGAAUGUGAAGAAUCUGAAAUUUCUGUGAUAUUUAACAAACCAUUUAUAUAUGCUAUAACUCAUAUUCCGAGUGAAACAGUUUUAUUUAUGGGUAAGGUUACUGAUCCAUCCAAGUAAAACUGA